UUCUCUGCUUGCUAUACUUGAAUGGCCGGGAGGGAAUCUGGGUCUUGCAUCCUUUGAAGAGGUGGCUGUAUUUUUCACACAGGGGGAGAGAACCCUGCUGAGUCCAGCUCAAAGAGCGCCAUACAAAGAAGUCAUGCUACAGAAUUUUGGGAACGUGGCCUCUCUUGGAUCUGUGAUUGACAAACCUAACCUCAUAUCCUGGCUGAAGGAAGAGGAAGAGCUCUUCCUCCAGGGCCCCGAUGAAGCGGACGGACUGGCAGGAGGUGUAUGGAAAUCAGUGAAUGAAAAGGAAGAUCAUCCGGUGACAGAGAAGGAAGAUACCUAUUCGGAUGUAAAAGAGAAUGUCCAGUAUUGUGAUCCUUUGAGGGAGGAGGAGGAAGAGCAUCCACAGGAAGUGCAGAAAAAUUCUGAUCUUUUACAGGGCAAUGACUCUCAUGACAUUCCACUACUUCAAAAAGUAUAUGAAGGAAACAGUAGGAAUGAUUGCCUUGCAAGUGGGGAAAUUUUUCCUGAAAAAUCAGACAUUUCUAUGCCAUGGAAUGCCCAUAACAGAAAGAAAAUAUUUAAUCGCCUGGCUUGUAGGAAAACUUUCACUGAGGAGGAUAAACUAACUUCCCAUCAAAGAACUCACACAGAGGAUAAACCAUAUAAGUGCUUGGAGUGUGGAAAAGCUUACAGUCAGAGUGCACAUCUUAUUUCCCAUCAAAGAAUUCACACAGGGGAGAAACCAUAUAUAUGUCUGGUAUGUGGGAAAAGCUUUGGACGGAUGGAUUACCUACGUUCCCAUCAAAGGAUUCACACAGGUGAGAAACCAUAUAAAUGCUUGGAGUGUUUAAAAAGCUUUGGGCGGAAGGAUGAACUAACUACCCAUCAAAGAGUUCACACAGGAGAGAAACCAUAUAAAUGCCUGGAGUGUGGAAAAAGCUUCAGUCACAGUGGAAACCUUACAUCCCAUCAAAGAAUUCACACGGGGGAGAAAUUAUAUAAAUGCCUGGAGUGUGGAAAAAGCUUCCAUCGAAGUACAAACCUUACUUCCCAUCAAAGAAUUCACACAGGGGAAAAACCGUAUAGAUGUUUGGAGUGUGGAAAAAGCUUUGGGUGGAAAGAUAACCUAAUUUGCCAUCAAAGAACCCACACAGGAGAAAAAACAUAUAAAUGCCUGGAGUGUGGAAAAGAUAUUGGGAAGAAAGAUGCUCUAACUUUGAUUGAAAGCAGGCACAAAGCUGGAAGUGUGUGGGAGUCAGCAAACGAAACAAAAGAGCAUCCAGUGAUGGCAAAAGAAGAUACAUAUCCAGAUGUGAAAGUGAAUGAUGAAUAUUGUGAUGUACUAAGGAAGGAAGGGGGGGAAUACCCUCUUAAAGGAAGACAUAAUUCUGGUCUUUUACAGGGUGAUGACUCUGAUGACAUUCCACUACAAAAAAUAUACAGAGGAGACAAUAGGAAUGAGUGCCUGGCAAGCGGGGACAAUUUUCCUGAAACAUCAGACAGUAAUAUGCACUGGAACACGCAUCACAAAAAGAAAGCAUUUAAAUGCCUGGAUUGUAGAAAAAACUUGAGUCAGAGCAGAAAUCCUUCCCAUCAAAAAAUUCACACAGGGGAGAAACCAUACAAAUGCCUGGAGUGUGGGAAAAACUUCAGUCAGAGUUCACACCUUAUUUGCCAUCAAAGAAUUCACACAGGGGAAAAACCAUAUAUAUGCCUGCAGUGUGGAAAAAGCUUUGGGCGGAAAGACAAGCUUACUUCCCAUCAAAGAAUCCACACAGGGGAGAAACCGUACAAAUGCAUGGAGUGUGGAAAAAACUUUGCAUGGAUGCAUAACCUAACUUCUCAUCAAAGAAUGCACACGGGGGAGAAACCAUAUAAAUGCCUUGAGUGUGGGAAGAGCUUCAGCAGAAGAACAUACAUGAUUUCCCAUCAAAGAAUUCACAUGGGGGAAAAGCCAUAUAAAUGCCUGGUGUGUGGGAAAGACUUUGGGCGGAAGGAUCACCUAACUUCCCACCAAAGAAUUCACAUGGAACAAACCAUAUAAAUGCUUUGGGUGUUGAAAAAGCAUCAUUAAUUGUGCAAACUCCAUCAAGGAGUUCACAUGGGCGAGAAAUCAUAUUGACAUGUUUCCGAGGGGCAAGGGUGCAUCUUUUUGUUUCCAAAGCCUGGAACCCAGAGGAGCCCUUUCUUUUUAACCUGGCAAAGCCACCAAUCAACCCAUGCUGGGUCCCAAGGUGGUUUCACUCAGAAAUGUAGAAAUGUUAAUAAGUCAUUAGUUAAUAAUUAAACAUUUAAUUAAAAAGCAAGUACAGUCCUACCAGAUCUUUAAGCAGUAAAACAAUACAGAAGGUACCUGGAUCUCAGAUGGUAAUGCACUCCACAGCAGUUAGUUAAGCAGUAGCAAGGCAUUCAGGACAGCAGCACGUAACUUAUGAUAGAAACAUAGAGGACACCAUCCACAAAGAUCCAUACGCCUUAGAAGAAGUAAACCAGACCCAGGGAGGUAGGCAAGUUACAGACUUCUGGCUAGUCUGCCAUCCGACCAGUGUCGCCUAGUGGAAUACCCUGGUUCAGAGAACCUUCCACAAUUGUCAAGUCAUUGCUCCUUUCUUCCCCCUCCCAACUCUAAAAUUAAUUAGUGCUGUUCUUACAAGUUCUUACAACUAGAGACUGAACUUGGGACAUUCCGCAUGGAAAAUGUGUUCUGCCACUAAGCUAUGGGUUCUCCAAGAGGAUCUGUUUGAUCAAAUUCUUUUACAGAAAGCCCUAUCUUUCAGUACACAAUAUGUAUAAAUGGGUUCUUUGUUUAACUCUUCCUCAGUAAGACACACAGAAACUUCUCUUAGUGUUUUCGUCUUUAUUUGAGAUUAGCUCUGAUUUUUGUAUGCAGGUAUGCCGUUAGAAAAUAGAUACAAAUGAAACAGAAUCCUAUUGAUAAAGAAAUUAUGCAUGCAAGAAAAGUAAGUUAACAUUUUUCAAACAUAACUAAAUGCAAGUGAUUAAAAAUAUCUCUUGGCUAACUAUUUUAAGAUACUAUGAAAUGCUUUGAAAAUUCGUAAAUGUGUAAAGAUACAGAAUCUCACCUCUGUCUGAAAACUGAUCCACCAAAAAUCUCGGUUGUCUUAUCUAUGUGACAUCUGUUUAUAAUUAGUGACAAUCACUGUCUUCGUUAUUCUGUGUGAUGUCUCCAGAUGAUUGUAUUAUAAAGAAUAUAAUCGGUUCUAAAUUCUAGC